AUGGUGCUGCAGCGAAUGCGAUUGCUCGUCGAGAAUGUGAAAGAAAUGGUUGCAGCUCGCAUGCCAGACAACUCAUUGCAGAUGCUGUUCACUGGCUUCAGACUGCCGUCUCCGCUCGGAGAGAGCUUCAAAGACCUUGCCCGUCCAGAACUGGCAGAUUUGAGAAAAAAAACGCGAGACAGCCUGGAAACAAUUUUGCAGAAGGGCAAGCUGGACGUGAAAGAUUGCAUGAAGGAGAUCCUGAGGAUGCUGCCAUGUGCGGAGGCGUACCACACUCGGCUAGGCUUGGGCGUUCGUCAGAGCUGGGCUAGAGCUUCUGUGGAUUUCAAGGAGUUGAAGCAUGGCCGUGCUGCUAUCAGUCUGUACUUGAGCUUUCAGCCUGCAGAGGGUGAUGUGGAGCGGCGACUGAAAGACGUCAGCUGGCACGAGCAGAAAAAUCGGGCUCACAUGCUUGGCAGCACAAUGGAAUCGCUGGUGCUGGCUAUGCAAGCACCCUCCGCCAGUCAGAUUUCGAAGACACAGGCGGGGCAGAUUGUUGCAACAACGCCGUAUUUGCCCAACGUCCUCCGAAGAUACGUGCAACUCUAUGGGGCACCCAGAAAGUUGAAGAGGGCAGCAAAAGUCCGUCGAGAUUCGGGGCAGAAAAGAAAGCACGAGGACGGGGGCGCUGAUGGAAGUGAGGCUGGCUUUUUGCGCCGACGACAUGCAGCUGUUGAGAACAUGAGUGCAGCCAGCAGCUCCGAUCGUCAGUCCUGGCUUGCAGAAGCUGGGGUGCCAGCUCCUGACCGAGAGGUCCUGGACAGCUUGAAGACUCAGAAGUUUGUAACAGUCCGUCAAAAGAUUGCUAAGGUUGCAGCUAGAACCCAAGCCAAGAUCAAUGCAGAGCCUGACAGCAAGAAGCAGCCUGGCAAGGUCAAUCUGUGCCGCUGGGCACCCAAGCCUCGUUCCAUGGAAGCCGUCCGUCCAGGUUUUGCCUUGGUGCCAGAGCUCUACGACCUAUCUUCUGACCUGGUGCGGAAAAUUCAGUUUCAUGGUUUUCAGGUGGUGCUGUCCGGUGGCGGUGGCAGCGGUUUGUUCACUUUCAUGGACAAGGCCUUCAAGCACUCAUCUGCUGGACAUGUUGUUGUGGUCCCAGAUUUGCGGAGUGACUUUCGAACUGCUGGGGCUAUUGUGGCACGUCUUGUUGGGGCCUUUUUGACAUCCGUCCCGAAUAUGCUGGCACAGAAACCCUCUGGUGUGCAGUUCGUCACGGACAUCACAAAAAAGAAGCGCCAGGUGUAUGUGGAUGCAGAGGAUGACCGUUUCCCUUUGCUGCAUGACGUGCUGAUCCGGGCAGCCAAGUUGCCAGGCUCCAAGCUGGAGGUCAGGGCGUCCGUCAAGCAGCUUCUUGCAGUUUACAAAGCUCACAAGGACAAGUUUGGUGCUCGAUCCAAGCCGUGGCUGCAUGCUCGUAUGCCUUUGCCCGUCAAUGAGGAGGAGGCUGGAAAGAUGAGGCAGAAGCAGCCAUACUUGGCAUGUGACUUCAAGACUUUUGUGCAGUUUCUAGAAGGAGGUGUGGAGAGAGAGGCUGUGUGUCCGUCAUUCGGCUCCAACCUCCGCAGCUGA